UCACGUGGCGGCCAACUGCGCAUGCACAGCGGUAGGAAUGGGCGGGACUAGCCGUACUAUAAAAGCCUUGGUCGAGCCCUAGUCGUCCUCUGUUCGUGCUGGAAGGGCUGUUUGAGGUGAGAAACAAUCGAAUGAAAGCUGCUGGCUAAUGUGACCAUCGGAACUAGUUCUGAAGUUCGUAACGCUUCAUACUCUUCUCUGAAGCAAACUGAUGGAGGUUAACACUGGUGCUGUGUGUAUGUCUGUGGAUAGUUGUAUGAAAUGAUCAGUCUCUGCUUUAUUGAAGAUGCUCAGACUUCAUCGGCUGUGGAUAUCUCUUCGCCAGCCUAGAACACAAUAUUUUGGGACAGAUGCUGGUACCAGAGGGAAGGGAGAAAGUCUUCGAAACAGUAUGGGUGAUAGAAAAACUUGGGAUAACAUCUACUCCAAAAAUUCCCACAAUGGAUUUUCACAUUUCGACUGGUUUUUCGGUUAUGAACAACUGAAAGGUCGUCUUCUCUCCCUUAUUAGUGAAAUUGCUCUGGGUGAGCACACUGGGUCACCAAUACGUGUGUUGGAUUUGGGUUGUGGCACUUCUGAUGUUGGAGUUGGUUUAUUUCGAGACUCUCCGCUUCCACUUCUGAUAUCCUGUGUGGAUAACUCUGCUCCUGCAAUUCACGCUAUGAGAAAAAGCCUUCUAACAGAAACGCCCAUUGUGCCUGCCCAUCAAGAUUCCCAACUGGAAUAUUUGGAGAGUGAUGUUACUCAGCUUCAUGGUUUUCUGUCUGGUAGUGUAUCACUUGUCUUGGACAAAGGGACCUCUGAUUCUCUCCUCCGAUCAGGAAGGGAACAGGCUCAAAAAAUGGUUUUGGAAGCCCUACGGGUUCUGAAGAAAGGGGGAAAAUUGGUUCAGUUCACCGAUGAAGAUCCAGAUGCCAGACUUCCUUUUUUAGAAAAACUUGGAGCCCAACCAAAUGUGACAUUUCACGACUUAGCGCUUAAUGAUGGAGUGACAUACUAUGCAUAUAUUGUGACCCGAGUCGCAUAGGCAUCAAUAAAUCAGUUGUUUUGUUUAUAUUUAUUACAAAAAUAAUGACUUGGUAUGCAAAUUUACAUUAAAGGAAAUGUUUACAGAGAGAAA